AUGGACACAUGCUCACCGGAAAUUCACACCUACGUCUUCUCCUUUGCCUGCACAGACAGCGGCGCCACCGGACGAUCGCUUUCCCUCGUCUCUCGAUACGUCCGGCAGGUGUCCGCAUCAUUCAAAUGGUAUUCACCGUCGAUUUCCGGGAAAAGGCAGGCCCGCCAGUUCGUCGACGUGCUGCACAAGACCGCGAUACAGCCUCGCAUCUCUCACCUUUUCCUCUCCACACGAUGCUCGUGCCAGACAGCAGACGCCUGGUGGGAGGAACCAGAGGUCUGCCAACAAUGGAGCGAGUUGCAAGAUACCAUCCUGCACUUCGCAGCGCUGACACUGAUCACGCUCACUUUCGCGUCCUUCGACUCGCCCUACUUCGGCGCCGAGUGCAUAUAUAGGCUCCUCAAGGUCCCCUUCCACAUACUGACCGAGCUGUCAAUCCGGGUCCAUAGUAUGCCCAACCGUAUCAAGUCAAUAUUGGACGAUGCGUACGGUCUCUAUGGCAGGAAGUCGCCCUCUGGGGUCUUGCAGACGACCGCGCGUACGACCAUACGUCGUCUGCACAUCGCCUGCCUCUUCAGCGAAGAGUGUGACACGGAGGGGAUCCGCGACAUCGUCCAGAUAAUCGCACCCAACCUUACGCACCUGCGCCUGUCUGCACUUGAGCAGGUAACGUGCAGUUGGCGCAUACCACGCUGCGAGAUGUAUGCACCGCGACUUCCUCAGCGCCCCUUCAGGCGAAGUCCCGCCUUUUUGCCGUUUCCCGAGCUCUUUUGGCAAUACAUGGCCACAGAUCGCCCCUGA